CACUUCCUGUUUUCGAAUUGUUUUGCCGGGAGUUUCUUGCCUGCAUCGGCGUCUUAACUAUACUGUUUCUUUCUUUUUUUAAAUCAAUAAUAUCGCGCUAUCGUUUUCAUCUGUUGUAUUUUUCACGUUCUCUUCUACCGUAUUUUCAUUUUUUUUUCUCUCGAAGUGCGCUUUUGUAUUUUGUCAAGACAGCGAGCGGAGGCCAUUCACACCGGAUCCACGCCGUCUACAAUAAUAUCAACAAAUCUUCGACUAAGGUGCGUUAAACAACAUGUCUAACAUUCAGCUUGUUCAGUGUGUUGAGUGCAGGAUGUUUAGUCACUCUUCCUCCGUCGUUAGUAAUAGCUUUAUUUGUGAUAAAUGCAUGUUAGUUAGCUCUCUGACGGAGAAGAUUGCUGCAUUAGAGGUGCGCAUCCAGUCUCUAGAGAGAGUUAGUGAGAGCGAGAGCAGCGUAGUUUCUGUAGGGGAAAGUCUGGAUGCCUUAGGCGGAGUUAGUAAUCCCCCAACUCCGGCAUUAGAGCCCUCACAGCGGGGCGAAUGGGUGACGACUCGGCGGCAUAAUCGCAAAGCCAAAGCUAACGCUAAGGCUCGCCCACAGGAGCACCACUCCUCUCCGCUUCACGUGUCCAACAGGUUUGCUCUCCUCAGUGAAGCACCCGCUGAGAAACCUGAAAGAGCUCUGGUUAUAGGUGACUCUAUCUUGCGGCACGUGAAAUUAGCUAGGCCUUUAGGGGCACCAGCAGCUUUAGUUAGGUGUAUACCGGGAGCCAGGGCGCCGGACAUAGCAGGUAAUCUUAGGGUCUUAGGCAAGCACAGGUUCUCAAAGAUAGUUAUUCAUGUAGGAGCUAAUGAUAUACGCCUUCAUCAGUCUGAGGUUACUAAGAUUAACUUGGUAGAGGUGUGUAAAUUAGCGAAGGCGAUGUCCGAUGCUGUAGUAUGCUCUGGCCCCAUCCCAAUGCGGCAUGGCGAUGUAGCUUACAGCAGGUUAUGGUCGCUGAACUGCUGGAUGUCCAGGUGGUGCUCCGAAAACAAUGUGGGCUUUAUAGAUAAUUGGACUAACUUUGAGGGCAAGGCUGGCCUGUUAGGGCGGGACGGUGUCCAUCCCACUCGGGAAGGUGCUGCUCUCAUUUCUUGCAGCAUAGCACAUAGUCUCAGAACAGGCCUAGUUAAUCGGUGACAAUCCAGGGCCAAGGCCAGGGAGCAGACAAGCAGGCUAAACCGACCGUCUGCUAGCUGCACUGAGUCGUCACUUAGGUUCCACCGUAUUGAGACUGUGUCUGUUCCCCGAGCUAAACAAAAUUAUAGACAUACUCAGACAGUUUGUUUUAGUAAUCUAAUUAACAUAAAAUUAAACCAUACCGAAUGCAUAGCCAGCACCGUUGAUCUGAAGCUAGGACUGUUGAAUAUUAGAUCUCUUACGUCUAAAGCGCUUAUUGUUAAUGAAACCAUUACUGAUCAGGAGUUUGAUGUACUGUGUUUAACAGAAACGUGGAUUAAACCAAACGAGUUUGUAGCAUUAAAUGAAGCUAGUCCUCCCGGGUACAGUUACAUACAUCAGCCCCGUCUAACUGGCAAAGGAGGAGGCGUCGCAGUCAUUUAUAAUGAUAAUCUAGCCGUCACACAAAAACCUAGUCAUAAAUUCAACGCAUUUGAAGUUCUUUAUUCUAACAUAACAUACGUAGCCACUAAAAAUAAGUCUACCCAGGUGAUUCCAGUAAUUAUUAUUUACAGACCCCCAGGGCCAUAUUCUGAAUUCCUGUGUGAAUUUGCGGAUUUCAUCUCUAACCUGGUUGUUUCUUUAGACAAGGCAUUAAUUGUUGGAGACUUUAAUAUUCAUUUUGAUAAUCCAGAUGACCCUCUGAGAACAGCAGUUGUGUCCAUUCUAGAUUCUGUAGGGGUUAAUCAGAAUGUAAUAGGACCCACCCAUAGUGGUGGUCACACUCUUGAUUUAAUACUAACAUUCGGAUUAAAUAUAGAAAAUAUAGUCUCAUGUCCACAGUCUGAAGCUAUCUCAGAUCAUUACCUCAUCUCAUUUAAAAUGUGUAUUAAUCAUAGUAUAUGCACCUUGCCACGUCACCAUGUCAAACGUACGUUCACGUCAACAACUGCACAAAGUUUUAUCAGUAAUCUCCCAGAUUUAUCAACCAUGAUUGGAUCACCGUCUGAUCCCGAACAACUUGACCAGGCAACUGAAUGUUUAGAAUCAACGUUCUGCAACUCGCUAGAUAAGGUAGCUCCACUUAAAAGAAAAAUAAUUAGGGAGAAAAAGCUAGCACCCUGGUAUAGCGAUCACACACGAACUUUAAAACAGACCACUCGAAAACUAGAACGUAAAUGGCGUCAAACUAACUUGGUAGUAUUUCAAAUAGCAUGGAAGGAGAGCCUAUUGAGCUAUAAGAAAGCUCUUAGUGCUGCUAGAUCAAUGUAUCUCUCCACCCUAAUUGAAGAUAACAGAAAUAAUCCUAGAUUCUUAUUUAAUACUGUAGCAAAAUUAACUAGGAAUAAGACCACAAUAGAAACACGCACACAAUCAUUAUAUAGCAGCGAUGACUUCAUGAAUUUUUUCAAUGGUAAAAUUGAAAAUAUCAGGCUAGAAAUUCAGACUAUUAAUUUAAAACCGGACAGUUCUAUAACUAACCCUGUAGAUGAUAAUAUGAUAAUAUUAGAUAAACAACUACAACGCUUUAGUCCCCUUGAAGAGACUGAACUAAUUUCACUAAUUUCAUCAUCAAAAUCAUCAACCUGUAUGCUAGAUCCUUUACCUACUUGUUUCCUCAAACAGAUAAUUCCUGAAACAAUCAAACCUCUUUUAAAGAUAAUCAGUUCUUCCCUUAGCAUUGGCUAUGUACCUAAAUCUUUUAAAUUAGCAGUUAUCAAGCCCCUGAUUAAAAAACCUGACCUCAAUCCCUGUCAACUGUCCAACUACAGGCCAAUAUCAAACCUCCCCUUUAUUUCCAAGGUCCUUGAAAAGGUUGUAGCACAGCAGCUAUGCUCAUACUUACAUAGGAAUAACAUUCAUGAAAUGUAUCAGUCAGGAUUUAGGCCUCAUCAUAGCACAGAGACAGCACUGGUAAAAGUUGUAAAUGACUUACUACUGGCCUCUGAUCAGGGUUGUGUCUCCUUGCUGGUGCUGCUUGACCUUAGUGCAGCUUUUGAUACCAUUGAUCAUGCUAUUCUCCUCAAUAGACUAGAAAAUGUAGUAGGCAUUAAGGGAACAGCCCUUUCCUGGCUCAGGUCUUAUUUGACUGAUCGUUAUCAGUUUGUAAACGUAAAUGGUGACUUCUCUUCUCAUGCUAAGGUAAAGUUUGGUGUUCCGCAAGGCUCUGUUUUAGGCCCACUGCUCUUUUCUUUAUAUAUGCUACCUCUGGGCAAAAUUAUUCGUAAGCAUGGUAUUAGCUUCCACUGUUACGCUGAUGACACACAGUUGUAUGUUUCAGCAAAGCCAGAUGACAGACACCAGCUUAAUAAAGUUGAGGAAUGUGUAAAAGACAUUAGAAACUGGAUGCUUAUUAACUUUCUCUUACUUAAUUCUGACAAGACAGAAGUACUUGUACUAGGACCACAUGCAGCUAGAAGUAAGCUUUCUGAUUACAUAAUAACUCUGGAUGACCUUUCCGUUUCAUCAUGUGCAGCAGUAAAAGACCUUGGUGUGAUUAUCGACUCUAGUCUUUCUUUUGAAGCUCAUGUAGAUAAUAUAACUAGGAUUGCUUUCUUUCAUCUCAGAAAUAUUGCUAAAAUAAGAAAUAUAUUGUCGCUACACGAUGCAGAAAAAUUAGUUCAUGCUUUUGUUACCUCUAGGUUGGAUUAUUGUAAUGCCUUACUGUCUGGAUGUUCCAGUAGAUGCAUAAACAAGCUCCAGUUAGUCCAGAAUGCAGCAGCGAGAGUCCUUACUAGAACCAGAAGAUAUGACCACAUCACCCCUAUCUUAUCCACACUGCAUUGGCUCCCAAUCAAAUUUCGUAUUGAUUAUAAAAUACUACUAUUGACCUAUAAAGCACUAAAUGGUCUCGCGCCACAGUACCUGAGCGAACUUUUGGUCUUUUAUGAUCCGUCACGCCUACUCAGAUCAAAAGAUGCAGGCUAUUUGUUGGUACCUCGAAUAAUGCGGGCUACAGCUGGGGGUAGAGCUUUCUCAUACAAAGCCCCACAGUUAUGGAACAGCCUUCCACUUAGUGUUCGGGGCUCAGACACAGUCUCAGUGUUUAAGUCUAGGCUGAAAACAUAUUUGUUUAGUCAAGCCUUUUGUGAAUAGUUUUCUUAGGUACAGGGGCAGGUCUGGAGGGUUUCACAGGCAUAGAGUGUUGUGGUGAAAUGGGAUGUUUGGAUGCUGUCGCCCCCCCACUCUCACACGUUCACUCAGGUUUGUCGACGGUGGAGUGGCUGGCUGCCUUAUGUCCCAGGGUGCCCUCAUGUCUGUGUUAGCUUCUGGCUCUCCCUUUCAGUUAUGCUGUCAUAGCUAGUCUUGCCGGAGUCCCUGCUUGCACUCUGCAUGCAAAGUACAUCGUGCUUAACCAUUAGAGGACAAAAGCUCACCUAACAAUCUCUUCCUUUCUCUCCAUCUCUCUCUCUCCCUCACUCUCUGUCGAGCUACACAUGCUACUUCUGAGAUGCCAAUGAUGCCAGUGAUCCUGACCCCUUCUGCUCCUCCUCGCUGCCUGACCCAUCCUGAUGCCCUACUUCUGGUUGGAGUUCUCAUCGGUUGAGUUCGCUCGCUGCUGCUGGGGGUGGCCCCAUAUGGACUGCCUGAAGAACUGUUUGGAUUGCUGGGGAUGGUGCCACCUGGGGGCUGUGGAGAUGGCUUGGGGAUCACAUAUGGGGAGCUGUACUGUAAUGGCUUGGGACUGCGAUUGCUGUAGUGGCUUUGGGGCUGCAGUUGCCACGAGCAGCUUCGUACUCAGGACUCCAUCAGUGGACAGUGGAUAGAUUUUAACCAGCCGGACCUCUUGCAAAUACUGCGAUGAAUUUAUUGGUUGCACAAUUGCACUAUUUGUCCAUAUAGUACACAAUAGAAGGGAUUUAUUUAUAAUUGCACUAUCCGUUGCACCCAGAUGAGGAUGGGUUCCCUUUUGAGCCUGGUUCCUCUCAAGGUUUCUUCCUCAUAUCAUCUCGGGGAGUUUUUCCUUGCCACCGUCGCCACUGGCUUGCUCAUUAGGGAUAAAUUCACAGUGAUAAAUUUAAAUAUUUACAAUAUAUUUUUGUGAAUCCAUUUAUUUCUGUAAAGCUGCUUUGUGACAAUGUCCAUUGUUAAAAGCGCUAUACAAAUAAAAUUGAAUUGAAUUGAA